CUAUCCGGUAGUUUAUGUCGUAUCCUAUAUGUGUGUGUGCUAUUCAAAAAGUCAGUUUGAGUUUUAUGUAAUAUUAAAAUUUUAAAUGUCAUCUUUUCAUUAGUGUAAAGUCAUCUUAACAAAUAAUGUAUCCAUAUGAUGUGCUCCACUUAGUGAUAAAGGUCCGACAGUUUCAAUAAUAUUCCAGCUUACUGAAUUGAAUGCGGUAAAUUGAACUUGUUCAGAACUUGUUCAGGAGGAGGAGCUCUACCACCAGCUUGUUUUCCCCCGGGUCUCCUCUGUGUUCCGCGGCUCCUCCAGGGUUUUCCUCCCCUCCCCCGGUCGUUCCGUCGCUGUUCCUCCGUUCACACGCUGGAGAAUCCGUCUUUCUUAACGAUGAGGAAGAGCGGAGCGGAGUGACAUGUCGGUAAAAGUGGCAGAUUAAGGAGCCCAUUGAGAUGAGAAGAUGAAGCCGCUGCUGUUGGUCGUUGUUGUUGCUCUGCGGACUCUUACCGGGAGCUGUGGGAGCGGCGUGCUCUUCACGAAGCACCCGUCCAAUCAGACGGUGUCUCAGGGGAACGAGGUGAGGCUGGGCUGCGCUGUGGAAGGCCUGAUCGAACCGGACAUCAUCUGGAUGAAGGACGGGGAGAAGCUGUACAGCACGGAUCAGGUCUUCCUCAUGCUGGGAGAGCAGCACUGGGAGACGUCCCACAGUGUGAAGUCGGUCCAGCAGCAGGAUGCUGGUCAGUAUUGGUGUGAGGUGGAGUCCCACAGUCAGAUGUUCGCCUCUGAACGAGCCUGGAUAACAGUUGAAGGCGUCCCUCACUUCAUCCAGGAACCUCAGGAUGUGGCGACGUUCCCCAGCGUCCCCUUUAACCUCUCUUGUGCCGCUGUCGGCCCCCCUGACCCUGUGGAAGUGCUGUGGUGGCUGGGAGGAGUCCAGAAGGGAGGACCCCAAGAAUCCCCCUCUGUCCUCCAUGUCCCAGGUGUGAACAGCAGCAUCAAAUUUUACUGCGAGGCGAAGAACGCCAGAGGAAUCUCUGUGUCCAGAACCGGAACCGUCCAUAUAAAAGUGUUGCCAGCAGCUCCGGUGGACCUGCAGCUUCUCAGGAUUACAGACAACAACGUCACAUUGUCAUGGAAACCAGGAUUCAUGGGUUACUCCGAACUGUCCACCUGUGUGAUUCAGGUGGUGCGGUUGUCGGGGCGCCGGUGGAACCUCCCCCAGCAGGAGGUGCAGGUUCCUCCUCACAUCCACGUGCUAACGGGCCUGAGGAGUCACUCCAACUACAGCCUGAGGGUCUCCUGUUCGAACGAGGUGGGAGCCUCCCCGUUUUCCCCGUGGCUGACCUUCAUCACCCCGGAGUCAGUGCCCUCUGUGGCCCCCAGGAACCUGAGCUUUGAGCUGUCAGGGGAGAAGCUGUCUCUGCAGUGGGCCAGGCUGAAGGAGGAUGAGCUGCAGGGGAAACUGCUGGCCUACAAGCUGCAGUGGACUCAUGGAGGAGAACCUCAGGAACCUCUGCUGUUUAAGGAGAACUCUACUCCGCUGUUAGACGCAGCCCGUUUCUUCAACGCCUCCAUCCAGGUGGCAGCCUGCACCGUGGUUGGCUGUGGACCCUGGAGCCCCCCGGUGCUGGUGAUGCCGGCCUCAGCUCCUGUCCAGGUGCAGCGGAGCCGCAUGUGGGUGGGGCUGCUGCUCGGCCUGCUGGUGGCCACCAUCAUUGGGCUGCUGCUGACCAUCGCAGCUCAGCGCAGAGAGAAGGAAACAAAGUUUGGUUCGGCCUUUAAGGCUCCUGGUCCAGAGAGUUCGGUGUUCUUCACCGCAGCUCGGUCGUUCAGCAGAAACAUGGCUGAUCUGCAAGAGUCCACCUUGGACAGUCUCUGCAUCAGCAGUGAGCUGAAGAACAAGCUGCAGGAUGUGUUGAUUUCAGAGAGACUUCUUACUCUGGGCCACAUGCUGGGAAAAGGUGAGUUUGGCUCGGUUCGGGAAGCCAUUCUGAAGACUGAUGACUCGUCGAUGCAGAAGGUGGCUGUCAAAGUGUUGAAAUCUGACAUCACCUCUUCAGGUGACAUUGAACAGUGUCUAAAGGAGGCUGCAUAUAUGAAGGACUUCCACCAUCCCAAUGUCAUCAAGCUCAUUGGAGUGAGUCUGCACCGGCGUCCUGGCCAGCGGCUGCCAAUCCCAAUGGUGGUUCUGCCGUUUAUGAAGCACGGGGAUCUGCACACCUUCCUGCUGUUGUCCCGUCUGGGAGAUGACCCAUUUGACCUCUCUCUCCAGACUCUGGUGCAGUUCAUGCUGGACAUCGCUCGGGGGAUGGAGUAUCUGAGCAGCAAGAGCAUCAUCCACAGAGAUCUGGCCGCCCGAAACUGCAUGUUGAACGAGAACAUAUCUGUGUGUGUGGCAGACUUUGGGCUCUCUAAGAAGAUUUAUAGUGGAGAUUACUACCGUCAGGGCUCCGUUUCCAAACUCCCUGUCAAGUGGAUCGCUCUAGAGAGCCUGGCAGACAAUGUGUACACCACUCAGAGCGAUGUGUGGGCGUUUGGUGUAACAAUGUGGGAGAUCAUGACCCGAGGUCAGACUCCAUAUCCUGGAGUGGAAAACUCUGAGAUCUAUGAGUUUCUCAUCAAAGGAGAGCGUCUGAAGAAACCUGGAGACUGCAGAGAGGACAUUUAUGAGAUCAUGCACAGAUGCUGGAGCCCAGUCCCCAAAUGCCGUCCCAGUUUCCCUCAGCUGGUCGCUCAGCUGGAGGCGCUGCACCUGGCCCUGUCCCCUGUCGGCCCUCUGAAGGAGUCUUUGCUCUACGUCAACCUGGAAGGGGACAACAGCGAGACGGACAGAGAGGAAGGAGCCGUGGGGGCCCGGAUACUGGGACUGGAGGCCGCAGCGGAGAGCUCCAGCUGGAGCGUCCCCUGGCAGCGCCAGGCAGAGGAUGAGGAGAAGGACUGGCUCAUGGUGGGCUCUGGGGCCGCGCUGGCCAUCGGAGGGGACUACAGGUACAUCGUGGGGCCCUGUGGAGCUAUCGCUGAGGAAGCAGAGGAGUUGGGCUCAGUGGAAAGAAGAGGGGAUUUAGCAAACGGACCAGUUGAUGAGCUGCGGGACGAAGACGAUGACGUUGUAAUUGACGUUUGAUCGAUGGACUUGGCACGGCCCAGAUUUGCUCCUCUCUCCUGAUCGGCUGUUCGCUGUACGUCUCAGAGCGGCUGCAGUGGGUAGAGACCAGGCAAGGUGCUAAAGGACCAACUCUCCCAGCCGAAGUGACCUUCAUCUGUUGCCAGCGCACAAACACAUUCCUGGCGUGUUGUUGACUGAGUCAGUGGUUGAGGAGCUCAGAACCUCUGAGUCGUUUCAGAGAUUUGUUUGUAAAAGGAUGAAAUAUUGUUUUGGUUCCAGCUUUUGAGGCAGAAAAAAGCUGAACUUAAAUACCUUAGUAUUUCGCUAGUUUAUCAUGAGGUCAAUAACAGGAAUAAACAGUUUGAGAACAUUUCUCACCUCUGAGAGCUGCUAACCACCCGCUUUACGUUUGGUGAAAUAAUUACUAGAGAUGCACCGAGAAAUCGGCUGGUGAUUCUCAGAGUUGGAUGAUUUUCAUCUGACCAGAGGCUGGCUAAAAAACCCACAUCUUUUUAGGUUCAGUAAAUGCACCACGAUGUGGAGGCUGUUGCUUGUGGUAAGAACUCAAAACAAGCUGAUUUCAGCCACUGUGAAGAGUGAAGAAGCACAGAGGUGGAAGAAGCUACUUAAAAGGAAACAGUGUUUUUUUACAGUUCAUCAAUGUCUGCAUAGAGGGAGAAUGUUCAGCAGACCGCUUGAACAGAGAACAAGCAAAUGGUUUCCGUUUAUCUUUUUGAGUUUUCAGUUUCUGUUGUAAAUAGUAAAGCUAUAGAGUUUUCUCUACAAUAUUCCGUUCAUGACUACAGUAACUGGUGCUAAUUCCUAAUCCAAGUUGCUAAAAAUGGUAAAAAAAAAAAAAUGUUACAGCUUGAUGCCGACUCAGCUAAUUUAAAUAAUGGCUCGUGAUAACAAGGAGGGUAGAAAAAGUGCUACAACAGCAAUUUGGAAAUGAUUGAAAUCGGGAUCAGCGUGUCAAAACUCCAGAGAAGAAAAGGGCCACAGAACCGUGAUCUGUGGAUCUGUGGAUCUGUGGAUCUGUGGAUCUGUGGAGGGUAACCGUAACUGGUUAACCCUGAUACUGACGGUAAACGUUUGGACUUUUCCUUGUGGUUUUGCUCCAUGUUACACAAUAAUUUAAAACAAUUUAAGCCUCUUUAUUGGUGACAUUGUGAAACUUGCUCUUUUUUCUUGAGAACUGUGAAGCCGGGUUGUGCCAGGAUUCUGCAUUUAGGUGAGACGUUGGCGGGUAUUGAAAACGGUUUGGAGUCCAUCUACAAAAGGUGAAGUCAGAAUUAUCUGGUGGGAGCUGAGAUUAUCUCCGCUGAUGAUUAACCGACUCCUUCUUGGAAUGAUCAAAGCAAAUCCUCUGCAGAAGACACGGGGAUCGUCCUGCUGUAAAAACAUGACUUGUCCGGUGUGAAAGACUUUCUGGUGGGAGAAUCCGGAGAGAAUCUCCCACCGUGUAUUCUCCCAGCGGUUUGUUUCCGCUGGGAGAAUCCGGUUACUGGCAGAGAGACUUGGGACAUGCGGACAUACAGGGAGGCUGCACAACUCUGCACCUGAUCUUCCUCAUUAUCAACAAGCAAACAAGCUGAGGAAGUGGCAAGCAUCGGCAUGUUUUUUAUAUUCUUCCUUGAUAACCAGUGUACCAGCUAAUCAGGCUGGAGUACAAGGCAACAGCUGCUGCCAUGGUGACGCUGCAGGAUCUAGGCAAUGAGAGAGAUGGCAUUGAAUGCACAGUCAGUGAUAACUCAGCAGUCAGACGGGACGGCCCCAUUUGACAUGCAGAACUUUAGCAGGCUGGUGUAAAAUGCGCCUCAGUGUUAGCAACAGGUGAAGAGCAACAAUGUUGUAGGUAGAAACAAAUUUUAAUGGUUUUAUUGGUAACAUUUCUGACAGUAGCAGUGUUUUUCAAUGAGUUGUCAAUAAAGCUAUUUAAUUAUGGCAGCACUCAGAACUCUGGGUAAGCUUUUAUUGUGUAGCAGAAGGCAGUGAAGGUCUGACAUGACGCAUGAAAUCCUGGAUAAUAAAUGACACGUGCAAGGAUUACAAUAAAUAUCAGUCUUUAAAGAAGGGGUAUUAUGUAAAAUCAACAGUUUUAAGCUGUACUUCAUGUUACAAUGUAAUUCCCUCAUCAAAAACAUACCUGGAGUGUUGCUUUGAUUCUUGAAGGCAUGUUUGAGAAAUCCUUUAAUCUCCCAUAGCAACCAUUCAGGGAUGCUCCGCCCAUUUCCACUAAGCUCCUCAUCUGAGCUGCAGUCUUCAGCUGAGCUUCUUCCUCAUAGAUGAACCCUCCCCUCUCAGCUCCUUCAGACUAGUGGCAGCAAUUAGCAGACACCUGAUGGAACCACACAUCCACUGAGCUCAUCUCAGUGAAACACUCCUAAGAACGGUUGUAACGAGCAUAAUAGUGGAGCCAUGUUGUGAUGACUUUCUGAGGCCGGAGUGUUGGAAAGAGAUAGAACUUCUUAAAGAAACAGAGGCCCAAUUUCAAGGCAUUAAACUACAAAGUCAAAUUCGUUUUAUGUUUGCUGUAUAUAGCAUUUUUCAACUGAAGCUAACAGUUACUUGAUUGUGCUCUAAAAUGACAAUAGGUGUAUAGAAAAUACAUAGCAUCCUCUCUUUAAAACUAAUAGUUUUUGUUUUGCAAACAGGUUAUUUCACAAUAAUCAAAACUCUCUUGCUAGCUGUUAGCAUCUUAUAAAUCAGGUUAUUUGCAUUCCCGAAGAUCCCAAAUCAGACCUUUUGUCCUGGGGACUAAACUGCUUUGGUGUGGUAGUCAGCAGGUGACUAGAAGAUGAACCAGCAGCUGUUGCCUUGGUGGAAACGUGCUGCUCCAUUUAACAUGCUAAUGUUAAUAGGUUGGUGUUGACUUUAUUAGCCCCUCUGGGACAUGAUGUAGCACAUGUGAAACGGCUUUAGACGUGUUUUUAACCUGAAGCCUGUGCAGUCUGCUGACCUUGGUGAACUGAACACUUAAAGUUUAAACCAGGAGUUUACAUAAAUGAAUAAAAAGACAAAUUUUUAAUUUUCUCACUGUCUGAAGUUAAAUCAGUUCAAGCAUCUCUUGUUUUGGCCUAAUCAGAAUCACCACAUUUCUACUUGAUAAUUGCCAGUAAACAAAGCGAGGAAAAUGUUUUUAGAGAUUAUUUUAUAAUUUUCUUCAUAUUCAGAAGUUUACAUUUCCGUUAUCAGGGAUAAUUGUAUUUUGAAGUGUAUGACUUGAGGGUUUCCUCUCAGAUGUUUCUCACUGUAGUUUACUGGAGUUCUGAUGGUCACACCAAAACAUUGACUUUGUCGCCCUUAAGCCACUUUGGCCAGAUGCUUCAGGUUAUUGUCCCUUUGGAGCUUUAGCUUCUUGGCUGAUAUCUUUAAAGUUUCUUCAUAAUGUUCUGUAUUCAUAAUGCCAUUACUAUAUGAAGCACACCAGUUGCCCCAUCACAUGAUGCUGCCUCUCCCAUACUUCACUUAGAACGGUGCAGAGGCUUCCGAGUGUCGGCUUUUAUUUCCAUAGUCAUGACAUCAUCAUCAUCGUCAUCAUCAUCAUCAUCAUCAUCUGGGCUUUCCCUUCUUGUUUGAAGAAAUAGUAAACAUUCUGUAUGUAAACAUCUGAUUUCAAAGAUAUUAAUAAAUACAUUUCUGUUUCAUUCUCCUUUUUUGUGGCAUUUAGUGAAUAGAAAUAAUUUUGGUGGUUCUAACUGACAUAAAGCAAGAGAAGGUGAGUCUGAUUUAACUUCACACAGUGAGGGAAGAAAAUGUGUGUUUUUAUUUGGUGUAUGUAAACUUCUGGCUUCAACUGUAGCUGCUUUAGGUUUUCCUAAUGAUGUGGCUGCAUUGUGAAGUUUUAACUGCCUUUUCUUAACCUUUCUGUAAAUCACUGAAUACAGAUCUGUGGGGAAUACUGAGGUGGGCUGAACUUGUAAAAAAAAUAAAAAAUAAAGUGUUCCUGGUG